AUGUUACUUGUUCUAGUCAAGGCAAUAGUAGAUCAUGGGAGUGAUUUCAAUGCUGCUAUGAAAAGCUUGUGCCCUUUGGUUUCUGCUGAGGAAAGUCGCUCUCAUGAUGAUGUCCUUGCUACGGCUCUAGAUAAUCUCCCGACAAGCAAGCGUUCUGGAGGCUUUAGAGAAGGUGUUAAGUGUACGGCUCUUGAUGAAGCACGCCAAAAACUCCAAGCGGAGACUGUCGCAGUGCAGCAACAAGUAGAAUCACUAAUCAAGGACAACGCAUUGCUGAAACGUGCUGUUGCAAUCCAGCAUGAGCGGCACAAUGCAUUGGAAGAUGCGAAGCAACAACUAGAGCUUUUGAAGCAACUGAUUCCUCAGUACCAGGAAAAGUUGAGAAAUCUUAAGGUGAACAAACUACGCCUUAAAUUUGCGUAUUCAACAAGUGGAACACGGAAAUUCUAUGCCGGAAAGAUUCAAUCCGGAUGUCGUUUAAAGCUGGAAUUUGGGAAGAGAAAAGACAACCAAUCUCAUCAAUAA